GCAGAGCCGGCCAGGGCCCUUUAAGCGCGCGCCCGUGAGCAGCCUACAAAACAGGCGCGUGCUCAGCUUUCCGCUCCGUGAUCCCCGCUGCCGCCAAGAUGCCGAUGCUCGUGAUUAACACCAAUGUCAGCCGCGAGGCCGUACCGGAGAGCCUGCCCGGGGAGUUCACCCAGCAGCUGGCCAAGGCAACCGGCAAGCCAGCCCAGUAUAUCGCGAUCCACAUCGUGACCGACCAGCUGAUGUCUUUCGGCGGCUCAGCUGAGCCUUGUGCCCUGUGUAGCCUACACAGCAUCGGCAAGAUAGGCGGCCCGCAAAACAAGGCUUACUCGAAGUUGGUGUGUGAUCUGCUUACUAAACACCUGCAGAUACCAGCAGACAGGGUCUACAUCAACUAUUACGAUAUGAAUGCUAGUAACGUGGGCUGGAAUGGAUCCACCUUCGCGUAAGGCUCUUUGUGAGCAAUCUCUCUAAGGCCUUCUUUAGGCACAUCAGCCAUCACAGCCAAGUUCUCCCUACUGCGAGCUCCUUGCUGGUCUCUUGCGUGCUUCGUAGUUGUAACAUUUCUUCCAGUGGAAAACAAAUAAAAACCUAGAAGGAU